CUGAGGUGCAAGUGGAGCGAACAAAUACCUCUAUUCUGAUCCCUUUUAAAAGUUCCUUGGGGCCAAAAUGAAGUCCCAGCCGAUGACAGCACCCCAAACAACAGUUGUUGCACCUGCAAUGCGGGAGAAUGCCACAGAAGCCGUGGUUCCAAGCGGUGGGAAAGAUGAUCACUUUUCAAAGAUCAAAGAGAAGUUCAUGAAUGAGCUGAAUAAAAUUCCCUUGCCACCUUGGGCCUUAAUUGCAAUAGCCAUCGUUGCUGUCUUGUUGAUACUCACUUGUUGUUUCUGCAUAUGCAAGAAAUGCUUGUUCAAAAAGAAGAAUAAGAAGAAGGGCAAAGAAAAGGGCGGAAAGAAUGCUAUUAAUAUGAAAGAUGUAAAAGAUUUAGGCAAGAACAUGAAAGACCAGGUGUUAAAGGAUGAUGAUGAUGACGAUGACGAUGAUGAUGCUGAGACUGGUUUAACUGAUGGAGAAGACAAAGAAAAACCAAAAGAAGAAGAGAAGCUUGGAAAACUUCAGUAUUCACUGGACUAUGAUUUCCAAAAUAAUCAGCUGAUGGUGGGGAUAAUUCAAGCUGCCGAGCUACCAGCUUUAGAUAUGGGAGGUACAUCUGAUCCUUAUGUGAAGUUAUUUUUGCUGCCAGAUAAAAAGAAGAAAUUUGAAACGAAGGUCCACAGAAAGACCCUUAACCCUGUAUUCAACGAGCAGUUCACUUUUAAGGUACCCUACUCAGAAUUAGGUGGAAAGACAUUAGUGAUGACGGUUUAUGAUUUUGACCGCUUCUCUAAACAUGACAUCAUUGGAGAGGUGAAGGUGCCCAUGAACACUGUUGACUUUGGUCAUGUGACAGAAGAGUGGCGUGAUCUUCUUAGUGCUGAAAAGGAAGAGCAAGAGAAACUUGGUGACAUCUGCUUCUCCCUCCGCUAUGUACCCACGGCUGGAAAAUUAACAGUUGUUAUUCUUGAAGCAAAAAACCUAAAGAAGAUGGAUGUUGGUGGUUUAUCAGAUCCCUAUGUGAAAAUUCAUCUCAUGCAGAAUGGCAAGAGACUGAAGAAAAAGAAGACAACUAUUAAGAAGAAUACACUUAAUCCAUACUACAAUGAGUCUUUUAGCUUUGAAGUACCAUUUGAGCAAAUUCAGAAAGUGCAAGUUGUUGUUACUGUUUUGGACUAUGACAAGAUUGGAAAAAAUGAUGCCAUUGGGAAGGUGUUUGUGGGUUACAACUGUACUGGUGCGGAGCUUCGACACUGGUCAGACAUGCUGGCGAAUCCACGACGACCCAUUGCACAGUGGCAUACUUUACAGCCUGAGGAGGAAGUAGAUGUAAUGCUUGGGGUCAAAAAAUAA